AAUUCUUCUUUCUCCCAUUCAGGUCCUCAUCUGCUUCUCUUUCUUUAUUUCCACUUGGAAGAAAACAAGAGUCAAUCAGAGAAGAACCUAAUGAACCCCACAAAAACUAUUAGUCCAAGUUAGCCCCCACCCCACCCCCUUUGUCAAUCACUUCUCUCUCUGUUCUUCUCUUACUCUGCAAAUAUUUUUUUAUUUUUUGUGUUUCUCUCACUUCCCCACCUCUCUCUCUUUAUCGCUCUUUCUUUGAGUUUUUUUUUUUUUCCGAGAGUGAGGAGAUGGAGAUGGGGUUGAUAAGAAGUUAGAAACAAAUCAUCAGACAGAGAAAAAAGGGGGAAAAUAUAGAAAGAUCAGUUUUCUUGAACCCACCAACAAAAUUCUUGAUUACCCCACCCACCCCACAUUACAACCCAGCCCAGGCCACCACUCUCUCUCUAUCUCUCACCCCCUAAAACCCAAAAUUAUGGAACUCACUGAUUUACAAAACAACAAUACUAAUAGCACUAGUAAACAACAAACCACCACCAAUAACACCACCCCUUCUCCACCUCUCCACCACCAUCAGUACCAGCUCCUCUCCCAGCAUCACCACCACCAGCUUCAACAACAACAACAACAACAUGGGCGAUCAUCAGUUCCUUUUAUGACCUCUAUCUCUAUCCAGCCUUCUCCACCAACUGGGCUUACUAAUUCUGCUAGUCCUACUGCAACUAGUGCUUCUCCUUCUACUUCCUCUCCUACUCCGCAGCAGCAGCCGCCUCAUCUAGUUGACGCUUCUCUUGCCAUCGCCACUAGAUCCGACUCUCUGGUUGAUCCAAGCAAGAAAUCUCAGUCUCAGCCGCAACAACAGCUGGCAAUACAACAACAGCCGCCACCGCCGAAGCGACAAACAAAGGAUCGCCACACAAAAGUUGAUGGCAGAGGGCGGCGUAUCCGAAUGCCAGCCGCCUGUGCAGCUAGGGUUUUCCAAUUGACCCGUGAAUUAAGCCAUAAGUCCGAUGGAGAAACCAUCGAAUGGCUAUUACAGCAAGCUGAACCAGCUAUCAUUGCUGCAACUGGCACGGGCACAAUCCCGGCCAACUUUUCAACUCUCAACAUAUCUCUCCGUAGUAGCGGCUCCACUCUAUCGGCUCCUCCUUCUAAGUCUGCUCCGCAUUCUUUUCACAGCGCUUUAGCUCUAGCUCAUGCUCAUCAUCCCUCUCAUCCUUUUGAAGAAGGAUUCUCGCACAUGCUAGGGUUUCAUCAGAAUCCUCAUCUUCUAACGCAAAAUCCAAUCGCAGAAUCAAUACCAGGAGGUGGUGGUGGUGGUGGCAGUGGUGGACAAGAAGGGGCGGAAAAUUACCUUCGCAAAAGAUAUCGAGAAGAUUUGUUCAAAGAGGAAGGCUCAAGUAAUCCACAAGGAGAAGCUUCUGGAGGAUCUACUUCACCUUCGAAUAAGCAAUUCAAGGGGAAUUCAUCGCAAUUGCCUAAGCCUAAUUCCCAAGAAGGUGUAGCUGGACCAUCUUCUAAUAUGCUUCGGCAUACUAAUAUGAUGCCAGCUACUGGCUUAUGGGCGGUGCCCACCAGUGGGACAACUGGCAGCCCGUUCUGGAUGCUGCCAGUUACUGCUAGUGGGAGCGGACAAACUUUGUCCGCUCCCAUGGCUAGCACAUCAGGAACUACUACGCUCGAGUCUCAAAUGUGGCCUUUCCCUAUGGGUAGCUCAAACACUAUUCAAGCACCAUUACAUUUCAUGCCUAGGUUUAAUAUCCCACCAAAUCUUGAAUUCCAAAGUGGGAGAGGAAAUCCAUUGCAACUAGGCUCAAUGAUAAUGCAGCACCAACAGCAGCAGCAACAACCAUCUCAACAUCUUGGGCUUGGAAUGUCUGAAAGUAAUUUGGGCAUGUUAGCAGCCCUUAAUGCGUAUUCAAGAAGUGGUUUGAAUAUGAAUUCGGAUCAUCAAAGUCACUCAUUGGAACAUCACCAGCAACAACAACAGCAUCAACCUCAACCUACAGAUAGUGAUGAUGAUGAUCCAAACAACUCUCAGUAAAAUCUAUAUUAUUGGUUUUAAAUUUCUAAAGUGUGAUGAGUGAAAGUGCUUGAAAGAUUCAGUUCAUAUGAAUGAGGAUUUCAUGGAAGACAGACAAGAGGUAUAUGUUAGUUGUCAUUUGGUUUUGUCUGUCAUUAUUACCUUUUCUUUUUUGUUUGUUUCUUUUGAGAACCUUUUGCUAGAGAGUUGUGAAGGAUUUGAAAUGUAUUUUGUUAGUUUUGGUCCUUUGGGACAUUAGCUAGGAGUGAAGAGAGAGAUUUGUAUAGGAGGAUUAUAUAUUUGUAUUUAGUAUUCUUCAAAAGCUCAGAUUGCUGUUGUGUGUAUGAGAGAAAUGCAAAAACUGUUUAAAAAAGGAUUAUUAUAGAGAUAAUUCUGUACCAUGGUAUCCAAAUA